UUGUGUUUAGAAGAGGAAGGGGGCCCUCCAGCUGCAAAUAGUAAAACCACAAAGGAGCAGCAGAAUCUUAGCUGGAUACAAACACCCAACCCUCAUCUAUAUUCACUAACCUUUUUUUUCCUUCAACACCUCCCAUCAUUAACAACAUUUUCAACCUUUUCACAUUCACUCAUUUACUAUCCUAUUCCCUCUUCUUCCUCUCACUCCCACACUCACUCAAAUACAAGAACAAGUGUUAGAACCUUAAAACAACACAAAAUGCAGAAUCUUUUGGUGUUGAUGUUCUUCUUCUUCUUCUUCUUCUUCUUCUUCUGCAAUGCUAGUUCUAACAACAGAAGCAGAAGAAUCUUGCAUGAACCCUUUGUACCAUUGGAAGCACACCCACCCACUGAGCCACCAAAGCCAUCACCUUCUUCUAACACCACUGCAAUUCAAAAGCAAAACCCAAAGCACCCUUCCUCCACUGCAACAGCCACCGCCUCCACCUCUACCACUACCACCACCACCACCACAACCACAACUACACCAAAUGAUUCACCGUUUUUCCCAAACUACCCUUCACAGCCACCUCCACCGCCACAAUCAUUCGCAGGCUUUGCUUCCUUCCCAGCUAACAUUUCCUCACUCAUUCUUCCACAUUCUCCAACUCCUACUCACUCCAAUUCCAAGCUUCUCCCCGUUGCUCUCUCCGCCGUCGCAUGCGCGGUCGUCGCCGUCGCCGUCUCUGCAUUUUUCUAUCUUCGACGCCGUCGCCGGAACCGUGGCCCCGGAGAGAACAAGGAUGUCAGUCCCGACGGUGGUCGCCGGCGGGAAACCGCCGCGAAGCACCGGCAGUCUCCUACUGCCGCUGGGUCCGAGUUUCUCUACCUCGGCACCGUCGUCAAUUCGCGCCGGAUCGAAGGAGGCGGUAGCGGCGGCGGAGAUGUCAGAGAUAAUAGAGGCUCCGUGAGUCGGAAAUUGGAGUCGCCGGAGCUNGUUUCGAGGAAUUGA